GCCCCGCCCCCGCCGCGGUGGGGGUCUGGCGCGCGCUCCCUGCCCGCGGCGCGAGGCCGGGCCCGGGCGGCGGGUAGCGCCGUGGGGUGGGGGGCGUGCGGCGCGAGCGCGCGCGCGGAGGGGGCAGGGGGCAGGGGGCGGAGGGGGGGUGAGGAGGACGGACGGACGGACGGACGGGGUGAGAGGAUGUGAAGAUGGCGGAGCUACAGAUGCUGCUGGAGGAGGAGAUCCCCGGGGGGCGCCGGGCCCUGUUCGACAGCUACACGAACCUGGAGCGGGUGGCUGAGUACUGCGAGACCAACUACAUCCAGUCAGCAGAUAAGCAGCGAGCCCUGGAAGAAACCAAAGCCUACACAACCCAGUCAUUAGCAAGCGUAGCCUAUCUGAUCAACACUUUGGCCAACAAUGUUCUCCAAAUGCUGGAUAUCCAAGCAUCCCAACUUCGACGCAUGGAAUCUUCAAUCAACCAUAUUUCACAAACGGUGGACAUUCACAAAGAGAAAGUUGCUAGAAGAGAAAUUGGUAUCUUGACUACAAACAAAAACACCUCAAGAACUCACAAAAUCAUUGCACCAGCUAACUUGGAGCGACCAGUUCGCUACAUCAGGAAACCUAUUGAUUAUACAAUUCUAGAUGAUAUUGGACAUGGAGUGAAGUGGUUGCUUAGAUUUAAGGUCAGCACACAGAAUAUGAAGAUGGGUGGGCUGCCUCGUACUACACCACCCACCCAGAAGCCUCCAAGUCCACCAAUGUCAGGAAAAGGAACUAUUGGGCGUCACUCUCCCUAUCGUACGUUGGAGCCAGUACGUCCUCCGGUGGUACCAAAUGACUACGUGCCUAGCCCAACCCGCAAUAUGGCUCCCUCACAACAGAGCCCUGUUAGAACAGCUUCUGUGAAUCAGAGGAAUCGCACAUACAGCAGCAGUGGGAGUAGUGGAGGAAGCCAUCCAAGUAGUCGGAGCAGCAGUCGAGAGAACAGUGGAAGUGGAAGUGUGGGUGUUCCUAUUGCUGUUCCCACACCAUCUCCUCCCAGUGUCUAUCCAGCCCCUGCUGGCUCAGCUGGCACUUCUCCCCUUCCUGCUACCUCUGCUCCUGCCCCCACUCCUCCUGCUCCUGCCCCUUCCUCUGCUGCCCCAGAUGCUGCUGCUGCUGCUGCAGGAGCUCAGCCCCUUGCUGAUGGCUUCACCUCUCCAACUCCCCCUGCUGUUUCUUCCACACCCUCUACAGGUCACCCAGUUCAGUUCUACAGCAUGAACAGGCCUGCAUCUCGACACACACCCCCAACAAUAGGGGGAUCUUUGCCAUAUCGGCGUCCUCCUUCGAUCACGUCACAGACAAGCCUUCAGAACCAGAUGAACGGAGGACCCUUUUAUAACCAGAACCCAGCAUCCCUUGCUCCUCCUCCCCCCUCCAUCCUACAGGUAACUCCACAGUUACCGCUAAUGGGAUUUGUGGCCAGAGUUCAAGAAAACAUUUCAGAUACUCCUCCCCCACCACCGCCUGUGGAUGAGCCAGUGUUUGAUGAAUCUCCACCUCCACCCCCACCUCCAGAGGAUUAUGAGGAGGAGGAAGCAGCAGUGGUGGAGUACAGCGAUCCAUAUGCUGAGGAGGACCCUCCUUGGGCACCAAGGACCUACUUAGAAAAGGUGGUGGCGAUCUAUGACUACACAAAGGACAAAGACGAUGAGCUCUCGUUUCAGGAAGGUGCCAUCAUUUAUGUCAUCAAGAAAAAUGAUGACGGCUGGUAUGAGGGAGUCAUGAAUGGAGUGACGGGGCUCUUCCCAGGGAACUAUGUGGAGUCGAUCAUGCAUUACUCAGAGUGAAGACUAGAGGACAGAACAUUGCAUCUCCUGCUCCAGGGACUGUCAGGGCUUCCCAGAUCUCCACCAGCCUCUGGGGCCCCAUCCAGUAUAACUGAAUGAAGGAUAAUUGUAACAACCACUCUUUCAUUUUUUUUUCUUUUUUUCCCCCCUUCAUUAUGAAACAGUAGUGAUUUGAGUUGUUUGAACAAAUGGCUCUUCCAGCUGCCAGCAGAGGCUAUCCUGAGCCAUCUGACAUUGAAUUAAGCUGACCUAUUCAGAUGUAACAAACUCGUUGAGUAGCUGAUGCUUCAGUUGAAUUCUGACUUCUAACAGGCUUUGGGAUCUGUCUCAGGAAUCCUGUGUGCCCUCAUGGUACUCCCCUUGGCAGCAGUGCCUGGCGCUUGGGAUGUCCUGGAUGCUUGCGGUGAAGGGUUACUGGCCAGUGGACAUCCCUCCUGUUUCUACACUACACUCCUGUGCAGCUGGAAGAACAGCCGUAUGCUAGCAAACACUGGGAUUUCUGCACAGAGCCAUUCCUGUAACUGACUUCCAGAUAGUUGGAGACAUCUUUAGCAUAAACACUUCUGCAGCUGCUCUGCACAUGUAGGCUGACACAGGGGCACACAGAGCUGGCUUUCAUUCGCUCACCUUUCAGUUUAGACAAUUAAGAUGGCUGCAGCCCAGAGGACCCUCACUCCCAUUUCCUCAUCUUUUGAAUGCCACAGAUUUGUUUUGUGCUCUGCACUGAUGUAAAUGUGCUCCUCUCCGCAGCAAGCUACUCACCAUGGGUGCUGCCAGUUUAAACAGAACUCACAGAUGCUGUUACGGUGAAGGCGAAACUAAAGUUUACAGGUCCUCCUGGGGUCUGAGGAUAAACUCAAGGGGCUGUGAUCUAAAGUUCAAAUCUACUCACGCCUGCUUGCACUAGAGAAACUUACUCCCAAUUUUAGUCUUAUGCACAAUAUAAUCUUACAAGUCCAAUCAGGUAUUGUAAAUUGGCUAUUUUAUACUUGAUGACUAGAUUUGCAUAUGUACUGUGAGAGCCCUGUGCAGAGGCAGGACAAACGGCAAUUGUCGUCUUCAUGUCUGUUGCCAAAAUCUCUUCAGUGGAAGUAAAAAGGGCUGUUGUGUGUACUGGUUUCCCAUGGAAAUCCAAGCAGUAACUAGUAGUAGUCCUAGCUCUUCCCCCAGCCCUCUCCAUUGUUUAUUAUAAAGAAAUUGAUAUUUUGAGCUGUACUGGUGGAUCUGGGGUGGAGUAAUACCAAGUGAAGGCUCUGUAGCCCCUUGUGUUGAUAGUUUGCUUUUUAAUCUAGUCUCAGUUAAAAAUGCUGCUCAGUGAUUCUGUCUAGCAGAUCAGCAUAAAGUGAUGGCUAUACUAGUCUGCCCUUAGGAUGGACUAAAUGUUAUCUUUGGGUAAAUGUCAUGCAUUAACAGAAUGAACUGAUUAAACCUCCUGUUGUGGUCCUGUUAGCCUGCAAAUUGAGCUGACCACUGUUGUGAGAGUCUCCUGGGCCAGGGCAUCUUCCCAGACAACUUUUGACUGUCGCCUGGCCAGGUUCCAGCUGGUACCAACAGUAGCUUCUCAAAGGCGAGACAAUGCUGCAGCUGUCUUCUGAGGCCUGUGUGUAAAACAGAGCGAUGCACAGGAGAGCGCUGCUAGGGCUGGAUUUGUGAUGAUAUUGGCAACGAUACAGGUAAUUGACCCAAUCCCCUUGCUUAGCAAUUAGUGCCGUAUCAGGAUGGAGGUACAGGGAGGUGCCAUAGCUGCUCAAGGGGGGAGAAAGAGAAAACAAACAGGUGAGGUAUGUUUGUGGGAUAUGGAUGAAUGUGAUCACCUGUUGUGAGCUUGUGGAGGAGUGUGUGCGUUAACUCCUGUGACAGUGUGUAAGGAACUAGUUUGUUUGAAGCCUGCAGGAGGUACAACUUUGAAGAAACUAGUGCAAAGAAGUUACUUUCUCCCCUGCUCAGUCCACAGCCGUGUAGCCAAGACACUGUUGUCUUCUUUCUAGAAGUUGACAGUAUUAUUGUUUGGGAUGAGUGUUAGCCAGAACAGAUACCCUUCUGCCUUCCUCUGUGAAAACUUGUGUCUCACAGCAAGACUAACCAAAACAUCCAUGUUCAGUUCCCUCAGCCCAUCGUUUCUCUGGGAGGAAGCCUAGAAACGCUGGUUGUGCAAUCACUAGUAUGAUAGUGCAGGUCUACACUUUUUGCACAGGGAGGUGGUGCUUGCAGCCCAGCUAGCAGCCUGGGUGAUUGAACAGCAGUAUUGGACAAGCCUGUGGUGCUCACAGCAUGGCUAUGUUUUCUUAGGACUGAAUUUUCCUGUUUUCUCUUGCCCUGGGUACAUCUGUGGUAAAGGCUGAGCAGAUGGUGCUCAAAUGCAUCGUUAUGGCAGCAUAGUGAGUUACUAAAUGAGAGCUGAACCUCUCUCCCUGUGCACCCAUGCUCCGGCUGGGAGGUCACGUGUUGGUGAAAUGCAUCUUUGACUCGGUCUGCGCAAGAGCAUGCGCUUGAAUGCUACUGAUGGGUGGGUGGGAAUAGUGUGUACUUCCACUACAUGUGAUAGAGACCCGUGUCCUUAAUCUUCAUUCAGUGGGUUGUUCAUCGUGCAAGUUUUCUGUGUUGUGAGAGCAGAGUGGUGUGAACUCUGGCCAGAUCUCAGCACAGAAGAUGAGGCUGCAAAACCUUGAAAGUGAAAUGCGUACAGCUCCUUAAAGAACUGGCUUUGGUCUGAUGGGCCAGGGGGUAGUUCGGUCCCUGCUGACAGCAAGAGCUGCUGUGGAUGGAAUUUUUGGGUCACCUCCUGCUGGUUUUAUGCUUUAUUAUGCAGUACUAAUGUAAAGAAAUUUGUUGAGUUUUAUGCAUUUUUAUUUUGUACAGAUUUUAAUUCUGUGGUUUGUUUGGGGAUGAUGCGCUGUAAUGGUCAUAGACCAGGCCAAGGUAAACAGGCUUUGUAUAUUAAUGUUACAUAGACUGCAUGCUAGUAAAGUCAGGGUUGUGUUUCCCAUUUUGUCCCUUGUACUUCUCCAAAAUCUUCCCCCUCCUCCCCAUUAAUACAUGUUUACUUUAAAAGGGGCUGGAGAAUGGGGGGGGGGGGCAGGGAGAGGAACACCUUAAUCAUUCAAAUAGGUGCACAACAUCUCUGCACUGAAUUCUGCUGCCACAGCUGAAGGUGUUCAGCAUCACAGGCUGUUGAAUCAGCAGUUACAUAUGCAUGAGCGAGGUGGGGGAAGGAGACACUCCAGAAUAGCCCAGAGAGUGCUGUAUGGCCAAAAUGAGUAUGUUUUUCCCUUUGUGAGAGCUGCCUUAGCCCAGCCAGCUGUUUUCAUUGUGCACAGAAAUUGGUCAGCAUCCUCUAGCGGUGUAUUUUGCUUUGGUUUGUACUAUCAGAGAUUUAUUCCUUGCUUUUGGCCCCAGAGACAAAGCUAUUAACUACAGCUGCCUCUCUGCCAUGUCCCUGCAUGAGAGGAAGUCUGACCAAGUCUGUCCCCAUCUAGUGCUGAAGCAGGUUACUUUGGUGCUUUCAUUCCAGCUUGAGAGAUAGCUGAGGUUGCAGGUGUCUCACCUUUUUUUUUUUUUUUUUUUUUUCUAAAAUGAUGGAUUCAUGUUCUUUGUUUCUCUCAGUGGCCGUUGCAGCAGACCGCUGAGAGGGGCAAGAGAGGCAGGCAGCAAAUUUCGUGCUCGAGCAUCUUGUGGGUGUGCCCACAUCCAGUAGCUGGAGUAGGCACUAGGGAGCUGAAGCAAUGCCUGAAGGCUUGCUGGCCUGACUGGCGAGACACAGGGAGACACCGAUGCUCUGAAGAGCCCUUGCUCUUACUGGAGGACAAGAGGUAUGGCAUGGCCCCGGGGGCGGAGUGGGGUGGUGGUGUUACCAAGAGGCUGACUACAUUCCUGGGACUCAGCUUGUCCUUGCAGUUAGUCGAGUUGGGUGUUCCUGAAAGUGGCUGGAAAUUGCUGCUGAUUUGAACCACAGCUCCCCACAGUCACAGUGGUCUGAGGUUGGGUGGCUUACCAGUGGGUGCUGGGAAGGCUUAAAACCAGCUAGUUCUUGCUAGGGCACUUUGUUGUCCUUUCACAGAUCUCCUGGCCAUUUUCUUUCUUUGCUGCUGAGGAUUCUUUGUGCCAGCCAACAUUGACAUUGGCAGUGAUGCAGCUUCUGAAAAGUGGCACUUUUAUCUAGGCUGUUUUCAGUUGAUCAUGAAAAGAAAGCAAGACAGCAGGAGGACUGACUUCUGGCAGAGGGUAGGCUGCCUGCCUGGUGUGUAUGUACGUAUGUAUCUGACUGGAGGUGGAGGAGGGUUGUGUACUGAUACAAACUGUUGUGCUUCUGUGGUGUCUCCCACCUGUGCUGGAAGGUGACAAUGCUGUGCUCAUCCCAGCAACUUACACCACUUGUAGCAAGCACUGUAGAUGUGCCUCUGCUGGACGUGACCUCUCUUUUUUAUUAGUUAUGACUGUGGGCUUCAGGCAUAAAUCAAAAGCAGCACUUUCUCAUGUUUUUUCUUUCUGGGUUGGGACUUUAUGCAGGUUAGUAAACUGAGAGCAUUUACAGGGUUUCUCCUUCCAGAGGUGGGACAGGACAUCUUGUGAAACAGGUGGCAUCUGUAUUCUCUGCAGGGCAACUUGUUGGACACUGCUGGAGGAUGCUGUUGGAAAGACCACAGUGCUGUGGCUCCUUCUGGGAGUGGUACUUGCAUUGAGAGUAUAGGAGUCACUGAGGGAGCACUGCAGCAUUUCAGGAAGCAUUACAAACCCCCUGCAGGGACUUCAGUUCCUAUGUUGACAACACUGGCAGUGAGAAAUGUGCUGUUGCAUUCACUAAGGCAAGUAUUUACAACCCUAUUGUCUAGAGAAGAUAGUGUUGUAAACUGAGCACUAGCAGGCAGCUGGGCUAUAGCUUAUGGGGCAUCACUUCCAAGAAUUUACUGUGCUUACAGAUACGUUCACCUUCCCCACCUUCUGGCAUCUCUCAGUAUUAGGCACUCCCACAUUUUGUGGAUACACAGGGGUCAGAGUACUCAAGAAAGGGACAGUGUGUGGUGGUUGGUUUUUGGGGUUUUUUUUUGUUUUGUUUCCCCCCCCCCCCCAGUAGCUUAAGUCAGUGUGUAGUAACAGUUUUAUUGAUCUACUUUUUAUUUUGAAACUGCAAGAAUAGUGGGACCCCCACCUCAUGUCCAUGGGAGAGUUGCUGAAGGCUUGAUCAAGGUUUGCCAACUGCUGUUAAAAAGAAUGAUUCACAGACCCUGGUGUUCUGCUGCUUUCAUUUAAAAUAAAAGAACCACCCACCACCCAUAUGUUUUUGUGCAAUCUCCUGGCCUUGCAGGAAGUGUUUUUCUUUGGUACUCUAACCAUUUUAAUUUUAUUAGCACCUCGCUUAUUACAGAACAUAUUACAAAACAGUAAAGUCAGCAGCAGCCUGUUGUCCAGAGGUAAGCCUACACCCAGUGUCCUGCUGAACACAGUCGUGGUGACACUGCUCAAAUGUGUGCAGUACAUUUGUUCCUGUUUCUGUUAAAACCUCAGAAGAAUCCUACCACUAUUGACUAAUGAGGAAGAACUGUGUACAAAUUCAUUUCCAUUACAGCGCCUUGUUAAAGUGCUGACAUAUCUGAGAUUUUUUUUUUUUUAAAGAACAAGUGCUUCUUUUCACAUUUGAAAAAGUGUCUUUUGCAACUUGCAUGGACAAGUACUUUCUAUGAAUUCUCUGGAAAUGUCAGUGUCUAACAUGGAUUUUGUCCAUGCACUUUUUUCCUGAAAGCAGAUAUACCCCCCCCCCCUUUGGUUUGCAGUCAGAGGAGCAGCACACUGUGCUUUUGCUUUUGGCACUGCUGAUGCAGCAGAUGAGUGCAGAGCCCGCUGUAGUAAAUGACCAAGCCCGCAGGACUCUGGGGAGCUGUGUACCACCAGUAAUGUUUUAUUGUGUGUGCCAUUUAAACCACCUUCCAGUGAGUGCAAAACCCAAUUUUUAAAUUUUUUUAAUUGUACUUGGAAUUAACUGUUGCUGUGUACUAAACCCUCUUGUUACGAGCCCUAAAUAAAAAGAACAAAGCACA